AUCGCCGGUUUUAUAUAUCUUUUAUUUUAACAUCUCGAGAAUGAUUUACAGUAAGUCGCCCGUGACACACUGACUUAACUUCACCAACGCCGUGGACCAGUGUGAGAUUUAUUUCACAAGCAGUCUGCGAAGGGUUGACAUCCGCUGUGAUUUGUCAAGUCUGCUAGUCGUCAUUGAAUUUCAGCAGGCUGUUUGUGUGUUUGAUGAGGGCGCUGUGUUACCGGUAUUACACCUUGACGAAGAAUUGCACCCUAGGACCGACAUCCCUAUGAGGAUCUAACUUUAUUUUAACACCACUGUAGAACUAAUUAGUGCCUUUUUUUGUACAUUUUAACUUUACAGUAAAAUGGCUGCAAUUGUGUUAGGUUCAGCAUUUUCAAAAUUUAGCUAGUACUAUAAUAGCGGCAUAUUUCACUGUGCUUUAUUUUAUUUUAAGCAAAAGGAUACGUUACUCCCACAAACAUAUAUUUUAGUAGGAAAGCACUAAGAAAUGGGAAACACGGUGUCGUGUUGCGUGUCCCCCGGUGGGAGUCCCAAGGUGAGCCGGGCACGCAGGAAGCCGGAGCGUCCGGAUGUCUACCAAGUGGAGGCAGAAUUGAAUGAACCCGAUUCGGGACCCUCUCUGCAGCACAUCAGUGACAGAGAGGUACCCGACGAUUUAGCGCCAGAAUCCAAUCCAUCGGACCACCCGAGGGCAAGUACCAUCUUCCUCAGCAAAUCCCAGACGGAUGUGAGAGAUAAGAGGAAAAGCAAUCACAUAAACCAUGUGUCCCCUGGGCAGCUCUCCAAGAAGUACAGCUCCUGUUCUACGAUAUUUCUUGAUGACAGCACAGUCAGCCAGCCUAAUUUAAAAAGCACAAUAAAGUGUGUUACAUUAGCAAUAUACUACCACAUAAAGAACAGGGAUUCGGACAGAUCGCUUGAUAUCUUUGAUGAAAAGCUGCAUCCUCUAUCGAGGGAAGAGGUGCCUGAAGAUUACUGUAGGAGUGACCCGGAGCAUAAGCACAUCUACCGGUUUGUCAGAACCCUCUUCAGUGCUGCCCAGCUGACAGCGGAGUGUGCAAUAGUAACCCUGGUUUAUCUGGAACGCCUGCUGACGUAUGCAGAGAUUGAUAUUUGUCCCAGUAACUGGAAGAGGAUUGUACUGGGUGCUAUCUUGCUGGCAUCGAAAGUGUGGGAUGACCAAGCAGUAUGGAAUGUGGACUACUGCCAGAUCCUUAAAGACAUCACUGUGGAGGACAUGAAUGAAAUGGAAAGGCAGUUCUUGGAGCUGCUGCAGUUUAACAUUAACGUUCCGGCCAGCGUUUACGCCAAAUAUUACUUUGACCUGCGCUCGCUGGCAGACGACAACCACAUGAACUUCCCCCUGGAGUCCCUCAGCAAGGAGAGGGCACAGAAGCUGGAGGCAAUCUCCAGGCUCUGUGAGGACAAGUAUAAAGACCUGAGUAAAGUUGCUAUGAGAAGAUCGUUGAGUGCAGAUAAUCUAUUGGGUAUCCGUCACUCUAACGCAGUGCUGUCCUAGACCCCGAGUGGGACUGCUGCUGCAGAGGGGGCUUUACUGGGAGUCCUUCACCCAGAGAGGAGCAGCGCUCUCGUUAACCCCAUCCACUACAACAAGCACACUCCAGUAAAGAGAAAAUAUAUACAAAUUGAAAGAGAAAAAUAGGUGCUGCUUCGACAGCACACAACUCUGCUGAAAUACCCAGAGGUGCAAAAUAAAAAGGGGUUUGCUUACUAUGUAGGCUAAGAGCUGUGAAAGCUGUCAGUUUUUAAUUGAAAAUCAUUUGCCAAUGGAGUAUUUUAAAUAAACACUAAUCGAGUAAUCUUUUUUUGACUGUUCCCAGAGUUCUAGAGAGCUGUAUCUAAGCUCAUGGCUGCAGUACUGUAUGUUCAUAUUCCAAAUGGAAGCACGAUAUUAACAGUUUUGCAGUGUGUGUGUGUGUUUUUUUUUUUUAAACGAUUGUGUGGCACGAUGGAUAGGGGAGUUUCACGGACCUGAUAUCGGCUUCCUCUGUCCAAUUGAAUACCUCAUUGCAGAGAACAUUUCUUUAAACCUUUUAGCUUUAUACGUAGAGUGAAAAGAAACCAACCAAAACACCUGCUCACAUGGUACAGCGUUUUAUUAGCAAUCGAUAUAGCAUGCACCCUGAAGAUCUUCAUUAUUAAUUGAGGUUUUUUUCCUCCGCUAAUCCUAAAACAAAACAACAUUGUCGUAAGGCAGUUGCAUCAUAUUGCUGUAUUGUACUUUGUGUUUAAAAAAAAAAAAAAAGUGCUGUUUUUCUACAUUAAUAAAAAUAAGGAUGCAUGGUAUAUCAGUUAAUAUAAAAUACUUUUAUAUAGUGAAGUAUGUCUGUUUUUGUUGCUGAUGCUCACAAGCCUUUUACUGACUGAUGUAUACAUAACACCUUUGCUCUUAUCAAUAUGACCGCUUUUGUUACUGGUAAGAGCGAACUAUUCAGUUCCUCUUUUAAUGGGGGAGGGGAAGAGUCACUUUUUCAGAUUGGAUCAGGUUGUAGUGCAUUGCUUAGUACGAAUGAUUUUUCCCCAAAUUUGCAUUUUUGAUUCCAUGCAACUUAUCCAGGCAUAGCAUGUGCUACAGCAUCGCACUGUAGGGUACUGUACUUCUGCUCUGCAGUGAUUGAGGGAGAGUAAGUAUUAAUACAACCAUUGUGCAAUAAGGUUUGUUUAUAAUGCAUCAUGCCUUCUUCUGUGAGGGGUCUGUGUGUGCAUUGUGCAACACCAGCGUAUGGCUUUUGUUUGUUUUUAUCCUAUAUUUCUUUUCCUACUGCUAGACUGCUUGUUUUUUCUUAACACUGUUUUUAAAGGCCGUACACAAAGUACAUGCUCCACUCUUUUGGUUGGCAGCAUUAUCUUCAUUAAGGGUCAGAAGAAUCUGUCUUGUUAUUAAAUUCAAUUUAAAAUAAUAUUAAACUGUUCAAGGGCCCUGACGUAAGGGGGGGUAAUAUUCUCAUGAAAAUGUUAAUAUCAUUGGUAAAAAUAACAUUUCAAUAAACAGUCCUACCAUAUCUGAUCAUUGGUCGAUAGAGCACAGUUACAAACUCACUACUCUCUAGCUCAGUGUUGGAUUAAUUGACAGUAUGCAUUCAGUUUCUAUAUACGUGAUUUACAAGGCAGGGAAGGCUAAUCUUGUAAUUGGUUCCUAUUUGAACUUCCCAAAGGAGGCCACUAAAAUAGUGCUUCCAGGUCAUAUAUAAAAUGUUAUCACCUUGAGGCAAAGGGCAUAGAGUGUUGUAUUGAAACUAUCCAUGGCAGGUUAGAGUGCUACUUGUCAAAUAACCCACAACCCCUGAAGUGUGAAACAGUAGUCCAUGUCCUUGUAUUGUUUUAUAGAAUGUUUUUAUUGAACUUGCAUUUAUAGGUUUCAACAUUCUAGAACACUACUGUAGGUUCGAUUGUAAUUUUUUUAUUGUUUUGGUAUUUUACAUUAAUAAUCCCCUUUUGACCCCACCCAUCCAUCCAUCCAAGAGCUUACACCAAAAUAAAAUCUCCAAGCUGUUUUUUGCCACCUCUGACAUGAUGCUUGAAAGCACAAAAUGACUGCUCAUUUCCUUUGUUAUUUCCCUCUAGUGUGAUGUAACAUUGUCUUGGGCCCAUUAUCCACUUGGUUGUCCUUUUCUUUCUGCUCAAUUGAAAUCCAGCAACAAUAGCAAUCUUGGAAUCUUUGGGUCCACUGUGCGGUCCUGCAAAAGUACUGUACCCCUGGGUUUAAUAAUAUUUGCUUUGUGUUCUAAUUCAUUUUUUUAUAACUUAUUUAAAUGGUGAGCCUGGUUUAUUAUGCGAGAUUAUUUGUUAUCAAAGUUAAGUUAGUGUAAGGAAGGUUCCGACUCCAACAGAGUUGUCAUCAUGUGUGAAACUAGAGCAAGUAGGACCAAUAUGGUAAAGCAGGGAAUACAGUUACAUAACCUUGUCUAUAAAUAAACCUUGUGUUCAUAAGGGUUGUAUUCUGCUUUCUACUUACUGUGCAUUGUGGUAUCGGAUGACCAAUGUGUUGGGCAGUUUCUCUCCUAAGCAAUAACUGCCUCUUAUAAACCAUAAACCCAUGAUACAGCAAUGGGGAUUGGUAUCUGUAACAACGAUUGUAAAGCAAAGGUGAUUGCUGCCUUUAGAUUUCACAGUACACACUUCAAGUG